CUCAACUUCAACAUCCAUCACCUCUCAUCAAAACAUCAUAUUUCAGAUAAACAUGGGCCGGCACAAAGACCAUCCAUGGUGGAGGGCCAUUCCGAGGAAACUUUUCCGGUCAUCGCCGUCGCAUAGCCAUCCCGACGACAGCAACGCCGCUGUUGUCCUCCACACAAACAAUGGCAACUUCAGCCAAGAACUCAACAGCAGCCCACAAGAAGAGAAUGCCGGUUCAGAUUUCCUGUCCAAGGAAGACAUGGCAGCCAUUACAAUCCAAUCAUGCUUUCGGGGUCAUCUUGCGAGACGAGCUUAUAAGGCGCUGCGGAGCUUGGUGAGGCUGCAAGCUCUGGUUCGAGGGGUGAUAGUGAGAAGACAGGCUCGCAUAGCUCUGGAUUGCAUGCAUGCACUGGCUCGCCUUCAGAUCACAGUUCGAGCUCGACAGCUGCUGCUCAACAAUUAGUACACAUCAAAGGAGUUUUCUGUUUUGCAUGAAUCACAGCAAUUGUGACAAGCAAGAAUCAGCAAUACAAUACAUGUAUAUUUUUCUUGUUCUUUUCCUGGAGAAUCUUAUCAUUAACCGCAUUUCUUACAUCAAGACUAGAGUUUAUGGAAAGGCAAACGAUUUGAUGUUACACAACUUGUACAGAUCAUUAACAGAGCAUACCAAGGACCAUGUACUGAUCAUUGAAAGACAAAGAUCAGGAAUGUUAAAAGACAA